AUGCCAUCCAAUAACGAGUCAGAUGUUUCCCAAAACAUCAUUGCGGAUGCGGACAUGAACUAUAUGCAGGAAUUGUUCAAGUUGCCCCCUUCAAGAAUCGCAACGAUACACCCAGCUGAUCAUGUAGAGAUGCGCAAGUGGCUCGUUGAAGAAUACAUCACUUGGCCCAAGACUCCUCCUGUUGAAGCAAGAUCACGCGCUAUCUCCAAGAUACACACCCAGACUGUUCCGGUCACAUAUGAGGAUGGAAAUCAAUUCGCAGUUCGAGUUUACGAUCCGGUAACCAAAGACUCGAGCCCACGGCCAGCUUUAAUUAUGUAUCAUGGGGGUGGUUGGGUUCACGGAUUCCCAGAAGUGGACGAAGGAACUGCGGAAUUCUUCGCGUCUGAGUUGCGUGCAGUGGUGAUUAAUGUCGAUUAUCGUCUCGCUCCUGAAAAUAAAUUUCCGAUUCCUCUCAACGACUGCUAUCAAGCGGUGCAAUGGGCAAUCGAUAAUGCGGCGACGUAUAACAUCAAUCCGGAUAGAAUCGGUCUUUGGGGUUGUUCGGCGGGUGGUAAUCUUGCUGCAGCCGUUGCACUUCGGGAUGCAAAGGAACACAAUCUUCCUAGAAUCCGGCAUGUUAACUUGGUUGUUCCCGUUACAUGCCACCCUGAUUUGUAUCCUGAGGUUUUAAAAGCUCCAGGAUCAUCAGGCCGCAUAGACAAGGACGUCAUUGGGCAAUUGGCGGUCCUCAGAGCAGUAUGGGACAAUUAUGCAGGUGCCGAAUUCGCGCACGGAUACGCCUCGGUGCUUAAGACCGAAGUUCCACCUAAUCAUCCGUCAUGUCAUAUCACGGUGGCUGGCCGAGAUGGACUUCGAGACGAGGGUAUCGCAUACGCCCUGCAUCUGAGAAAUGCAGGUAUAGAUACCCAACUGGAGAUUAUCCCGGGGGUUCCUCAUGGGGUCACAUUCCCAACCACAACACUAGCAGCAAGGCAAUUCUUCAGAAACCAAGUUCGUGCGUUGGACUACGCACUAAAGGCAAUUUAG